AUGGAAGAGGAGAUUAAGGACAUAAGCUGGGAUAUAAUCGGUUUAUGUGAAACAAGAAGAAAAGAAGAACAACUUCUUAAAUUGAAGUCCGGACAUCUCUUUUAUCAAAAUGAAAAUCCCAACAGCCCUGACGGUGUAUACGCUCCUACGACAGCCUACACAGAUGAGGAAGUUAACAUCUUCUAUGGUGACAUAGAAAUAGCACUUAAAGAGAAUCGAUGCUACUAUACUUUUAUUAUGGGGGACUUUAACGCCAAAAUUGGAAAACAAACAGAUAUGUCGGAGGUGGCAAUUGGAAGCUUUGGAAUAGAUGGUCGAAAUGAGAGAGGACAGACAUUGAUAGAUUUCCUGCACAAUCAAAAGUUAUAUGUAAUGAACAGCUUCUUUCAAAAGAAAUUGCAUAGACGAUGGACUUGGGUAAACCCAAAUGGAAGAACAAAAAAUGAAAUAAACUUUUUUAUCACGACGCGGAAAAGAUUUGUCACAGAUGUUACAGUUCUAAAUAAAUUCGGUAUAGGGAAUGAUCAUAGAGCUGUAAGAGCAACUGUAAGAGUAAACGCCAGAAAUGAACGACAAAAAAUGAUAAGAAAGAAACAACAAAUAAAGUGGGAGACCCCAGAAGAUGUUGAUGCGUAUAAUACUUUCUUAACUGAAUCCCUGAACACGAACCAGUCACUAGACAUAAACAUAUUAAAUGAAGAAAUCACUGGAACAAUAUUAAAAGCACAACAAAAAUACUGUAAAAGUGAUGGAAAUAAAGAAGAAAAAAUAAGCAAAUAUACAAAAGAUCUAAUUAGACAAAGAAGACUUCUAGUAGAACAACAAAAGGAAGAUACAAGCGAAAUAAGAACACUAAAUAAGAGUACUUCAAAAGAAAUACGGAAAGAUUUAAGGAAAUAUAACACAGAAAAAACCAGACAAGUAAUCGAAGGAAAUAAAAGUAUGAAGGUACUUAGAAGGAGUCUAGCUGAUGGGAAAAAAGAAAUCGUCAAACUCAAGGAUAACAACAAAAAAGAAACAAACAAUAGGAGAGAAUUGGUAAAAAUUGUAGAAGAAUUCUACAAGGAACUAUAUAGGAGCAGAAGAGAAGAAUUAAAUAUCACAGAAAAUAAAAUGAAAUUCGUAAACCAAGGUUCAGAACUUGUACCCGAAAUAACAAUUGAAGAGUCAAAAAAUGCCCUAACGGAAAUGAAAAACAAGAAAGCGGCAAGAGAAGACCAAAUUGUGAUAGAAGCUGUCAAAGUUGGGGGUGAGAAACUUUUAAAAGAAAUAAUCUCCCUCUUCAAUCUAUGUCUACAAAAGGGGGAAAUCCCGGAAAAGUGGAGAAAUGCGACGAUAAUUCUCAUCCACAAAAAAGGAGAUAUAACGAACCUUGAAAACUAUAGACCUAUAAGCUUGCUCUCUCACCUUUUUAAAUGGUUCACUAAGAUCGUAACGAAACGCUUGGAACGAAAGUUAGACUUUUAUCAGCCCAGAGAACAGGCGGGGUUCAGAAUAGGAUAUGGAACAAACGACCAUUUGCAAACGAUUAAGAUACUGAUAGAAAAAUCGAUAGAAUAUAAUAGGCCCCUCGUAAUGAUAUUUGUCGAUUUUAGAAAGGCGUUUGACACAGUUGAACUUCCAGCAAUUUUAUCAGCCCUGCAACAAUGUAGGAUAGACUACAGGUACGCAAAGCUCAUUAAACACAUAUAUGAAAACGCAACUCUAAAUGUAAACCUCCACGAACCAACAAAUAAGAUACAUGUAGGACGCGGGAUUAGACAAGAAGAUACUAUCUCUCCUAAGCUCUUCACAUGUGUGUUGGAAUACUCUUUCAAAAAAUUAAACUGGGAAGGGAAAGGUAUAAAUAUCGACGCCCAAAAGAAAUGGAAAUGGGCAGGCCAUGUAGCCCGAAUGACGGAUAAUAGAUGGACGAAAAGAAUAUUGGAGUGGAGGCCAAGAAUGGAUAAGAGAAGUAGAGGCAGGCCGCCAACAAGAUGGAGUGACGAUGUAAAGAAAAUUGUAGGAAAUUGGAUACAUACAACUCAAGAUAGAGAUAGAUUUAAACUGGAGGAGGCCUAUAUCCAGCAGUGGAUGGAAGAUGGCUGA